AUGGAAGCCGAUUCAAUUGCAGAAGGUUUUAAGCGAAGUAUGGAAUUACAUGGAUUGAAAUACAAUAAACUAAUAGGUGAUGGUGAUUCUAGUGUGACAAAAAGGCUCUCUAAAAUUAUGCCUUAUGGUCCUAAAUUUCAUAUUCAAAAAAUAGAAUGCCGUAAUCAUAUGUUACGAAAUUACGGAACAAAAUUAUCAUUACUAGCCAAAAACAUCAGAUAUCCUUACCUGAAUUUAAGAAAUAUUCAAAGUAAUAUAAUAACAUUCAGAAAUGCAAUUGUUAAAUCAAUUGAAUAUCGCAGCCAAUUAAUCAACCAAUCUGACAAUGAUAAACGUUUAGGUUUACGUAAGGAUAUUUUGAACAGUUUUUACCAUAUUUUGGGUUCUCAUGUUCAGUAUGAAGAGUAUUUCUGUCAUGGGCCCAAAUUAAACGAGUACAACUUUGUUGAUGACGCAGAAAAAUCGAAAGUUAUAGACGGAAUUACGCAGUUAGCUAAUCGAUUAGUAACUCAUGCUGACAGUUUACUAAUGAAUGUGGAUAACAAUGUUUGUGAGCAAUUUAAUAGUAUAAUAAACAAGCAUUUAUCGGGUAAACGUAUCAAUUUUUCUCAACAGCAAUCAUACAACACCAGAGUUGAAGCUGCUGUUGUAUCUUAUAAUACGUCAGGGGAAUUUCUUAGAAAAUUACACAAGAACGAAGUUAAUGAAAUAAGUCCAGGAGAUAUCGGGAAAAAAUAUUUGAAAACAAAACAAAUGAAAAGUGAAAAAAGAAAAUGUAAAAAACUCAUUUUUCCAAAAAAGGUAAAAAAAUUUUCUAAACAAACGGGUCCGGAUCAACAUUAUGGCCUGGCUGAAACGUUACUCUAUGAUAUACGUUCAAAUGAACUGGAAUCAAAGAAAAGUGCAUUCAUUCAGUCACUUUACUUGGACCACGACAAACACAUAGAAUUAGAAAUUAAAACUAGAGAACAGGCUAAUUCACAAAUUUGGCACACAGAAAGAAGAAACCGAAUAACAGCUUCAAAUUUUGGUCGGAUUUGUAAAAUGCGACCAACUAAAUUAUGUAGGUGUACGGUUUAUGAUAUGUUGUAUAGGUCAUUUACUUCUAAAUCAACUGAUUAUGGUAAAGCAAUGGAAAAUAAGGCUAUAAUCGUAUUCCAAAACGGUUUUAAUUGUACUGUUGAACCUUGUGGUCUUAUAGUGGAUGACGAUUUGCAUUAUUUAGCUGCUUCUCCCGGGAAAAUAAUCAAAAAUAAUUUAAUUUAAUUACUAUUAAUAUGUAGGUAUAUUUAUGAAUAAGUAGUAUUAUUUUUCAUCGAUAGAUGGUCUUGUGGGAACUGAUUAUGUCGUAGAAAUAAAGUGCCCAUUCAAAGCUAAAGACAGUUCCAGUUUUAUUGAAGCUGUAAUGAAUAAAAAAGUAAAAUUGAAUUGUAAAAA